AUGAUUGACUGUCUGAUUACAAGCGUUAAAACUCAUCCAAAUCACAAAUUUUUACAGGCAAUUUUGGAAUUUCUGCAAUUUUUUGAAAAUUGGGAAAAUCUUGAAAAUAAAAUACCUGUGUCAAAAAGUACUUCAAUUGGUUUGAAAGUAACGUUACGAGCUACACUUGAAAUAUUGGACAUGCUUAAAAACGAAUGUGGAUAUAAAUAUUUAAUGAUCAUUAGAGGGAAUGAUUACCCUGAUCCAAAAAUGUUUGCUCAAGUUUAUCGAUUGGCAUCUACGUUUUCACUUAUACGUCCCCCGAAAGGAAGUAAUGUUUCUGGUGACAAUCUUUUGAAAAAUUUAAUGAAACCUGAUGAAGUUUUAAGUUCUUCGAAUCAAGAGCGAGAAUCAUGGCUUCGAAAAAUCGAUGCCAUUCUAGAAGAUACUGAACCCCAAGUGGAAGGUUCUUCACUAGAUGAAGACCACGAUUAUAAUGAGGCUGUAACCAGUGAUGUCGUGCAAUCAUAUAUUGCUGGUUACAUAACUCGCAAAAUGCAAAAAAAUGUAAAAUGUUCAGAUUGUUUAACAACUUUACGUAUGAGUGCAGUAGAUGGUCAACAAUUACAAAGAAAUGACGUUAUCAAUAAAAUGAGUAGAUUUGGUGGACUUUUGUAUGCUAGCUCCGAGUUGUUCGAAUUGACCAAGCAAUUGGAAAAGUGUAUUUUGAGAGCUGUAAGCAAAGCUUUAACAAAUGUUGAGACCAUAAGUCAAAUAUAUCAUGAACUUAAAAAGGUAAAUCUUAUAAAUGUUGGGUGCUUUCAGCAUGAAAGAGAACUAACUGUUAAAAUAAUCGAUGUUUAUAUUGUGAUGCGGGCUCAUUUUUUAGCUAAAUCAGAAAAUAAACGCUAUGACGCAGCUAAAACGAAAACAAAAAUGAACCGAAAAAACGCCAAAUUAUAUUCUUGA